AUGAACUCCUUGGUUCUAGCUCUCCUUCUGAUAUCGGCCGUCGUCAGUGUUUCUCUUGCGAGUUAUGGAAACAGACCGAGGUACAGUGCCUUCAAGUACGCCGCUGCCAAGAUCACUUCCGGUGGAUGUCCCUACGGAUGGCAUCAGUACAACAAACGUUGUUACUGGUUCAGCAGAGACAAGCUCAACUGGUACAGAGCCUCUAUGAGAUGCGCUGCUAUGGGAGGAUAUCUCGUCUCAGUUGAUCAGUCCCACGAAAACACCUUCGUCAGGCACAUGUUGAGUGUCUAUGGAUACCGAAGAGGAGCAUGGAUGGCAUUGAAUGACGUUCUGAGACCAAACAAACACAGAUGGUGCUGGGGAUUCAUCGUAAAGCCAUGUCACAAAUUUGACUGGUACGGCCAGGAACCAGUUUACCACACUACUGGUGACUACAACUGUGGAACAUUCUGGAGGUCCUAUAAAUAUCACUGGCACGUGGACAGCUGUCAAACGGCCAACUACUACGUUUGUGAGAAACCAAUGGGAAAGCCAUGUGUCUGUGUUUAUUAG